UGAGAAAUAAAAAGAAGAACAAGAAGAGUGUGUGUGUGUGUCUUGUUGUAGUUGUGCAUUGUGCAGUUUGCAAAAUUUUGUUGCAGAGGCAGAGAGAGCCACCACCACACCACACCACUCUCUUCACUUUCGCUCUUUCUGCAACUCCCAAAUCUCUCUCUCUUUUUGACCUAAAACACUUUCUUUCGCUUUUUUCCUUCUGAUUUGGGUUUCAGAGGGACCAAUGGACUCGCGCACACAGUAUAAUCCCCGCACCGUUGAAGAGGUUUUUAGGGAUUUCAAGGGCCGAAGAGCUGGUCUCAUCAAAGCCCUAACCACUGAUGUUGAAGAUUUCUACAACCAAUGUGAUCCUGAGAAGGAGAAUUUGUGCUUGUAUGGCUUUCCUGGUGAGCAGUGGGAAGUAAAUUUACCUGCUGAAGAAGUACCGCCAGAGCUUCCUGAGCCCGUGCUGGGCAUCAACUUUGCUAGGGAUGGCAUGCAAGAAAAAGACUGGCUGUCUUUAGUUGCUGUCCACAGUGAUGCAUGGUUACUUGCUAUUGCAUUCUAUUUUGGAGCCAGAUUUGGUUUUGAUAAAGCUGACAGGAAACGUCUUUUCAAUAUGAUCAAUGAACUGCCAACAAUAUUUGAAGUUGUUACUGGUGCAGCAAAGAAACAAGUUAAGGAGAAGUCUUCAGUUUCAAACCACAGUGGCAGCAAGUCUAAGUCCAGCUCUAAGGCACAGCAGCGGGCUCCGGAGUCUCAGGGUAGGCAGUCAAAGGCGUUGCAACCAAAAGAGGAGGAAGAAGAGCUGGAUGAACAAGAAGAUGAUGAACAUGGAGAGACCUUGUGUGGGGCAUGUGGUGAGCAUUAUGGCACUGAUGAAUUCUGGAUUUGCUGCGACAUCUGUGAGAAGUGGUUCCAUGGUAAAUGUGUGAAGAUCACCCCUGCUAGGGCAGAGCAUAUCAAGCAAUACAAGUGCCCAUCAUGCAGUAACAAAAGAGCUCGCCCCUGACUGACAUGAGCCAAGUUCCAUCAUUGACAGUCAUUGUUGGACUCUUUGCUGAUAUUGUUAUUAUGCUUUUCUUCGUAGAUGUUGCAGUUAAUGGAUAGUUUGUGUUUGACACAUGUAGGUUUCUUUCUAGUUUGUAGGAUUCUGCUGUGUUGGUUUUGUUAAUGUCAACUGCAAUUCAGUUGAUGCCUUCUCGGAUUUGAUCAAUUUGUAGUUUAUGCAUUGUUGACUUGGGAAAGUGAAGUCUUUUCCUUAAUGUCAUUCUAAAACUAGGUUAAUGAAAAACACAAAUUGUUGCUAGUUCA